GCAAAUCCCACCUGCCAGUCCUGCUUUCAACAUUAGGUUAUUCGUCGUUGCUGUGGAUCCAAAAUGAAGCUUCUCUUGGCAGGAAUGAUGCUCCUUCAGGCAGCAGGAGUCCUCAGCCUCCCCCAGGGUUACGACUACGGCCCCCCCAAGGACUCCUAUCUCACCCCCAACCCGCCCAAGCCAACUACGCCGCCUCAGCCGCUGGACCUGAUGCCCUACGACUUCACGUGGGGCGUCGAGGACGGCGACAGCGGCAACGCCUUCACCCACGUCGAGAACAGCGACGGCCCGACCAUGCAGGGCGAGUACCGGGUCCUUCUUCCCGACGGACGAACUCAGGUCGUCAACUUCCACGAUUUUGGCGGCGGCUUCGAGGCUCAAGUGACGUACGAGAAAUAGAAAACGGAAAUUACUAUGAAAAUCCUCCCGCCAUGACCGUCUCGCCUUUUGAUAUGCGUGUAAUUAACUUAUUGAAUUAUUAAAGGACUUUGACUAGACAAUAAAGAUCAGAGAAAUUCA